CUAAAUGAUGCUGUCCCUAGUUUAGUAUAGCAUCGCCCUGUCAGAUCUCUGUGUCAUCGCACAUGUAUGUUUUGUAAUUGCUUAGCUAGAUGGCGCACCCCCCUUCUGUCAUGUGACAAGCUUGGACCAAUCGGGAGGUGCCAUCUAGCAGGUGAAGCCUUUAUAAGUAAUAAACAGCCGCAGGUCGGCGGAGUCUUCGUUCCGGUUUUCAUCGGGAGCAGUUAGCUCCGUGUCUCCUUCACUGCGCCGGCGCUAGCCGCGCGUUCGCCCGUCGGGGCCCCCCGCUUGCCUGCCGCUGCCGACACAACAUCUUUUGGCGACGAGGAUGGGAUUCCCGCAGCGGUUCCGACCGAAGCCCCGGGACACCAACGAGCUUCGCCCACCUCGAAGCGGCCGGCGGUGGCGACUGGACGGACGCGCGACGAGCGUCAGCGCUCUCGGGCGUGAGGGACAACGAAAGUACUUUGCAGACGAGGAGCAGGAAGCAGCAAGGCAGUUAACCAGCGCAGCGUCAGCUUCAAGCGAAGCAGCAAGGCAGUCGACCGGCGCAGCGUCAACGUCAAGUGAUGCGGUCCCGCCAGCGUCAGAGUUCCAGAAACUCUUGCAGCGGCUUGACCGGCUGUUCGCCGCGUCAACAAAUGUUCUGGCGGAGAGGCACGAAUUCACCAGUCGAAGGCAGUUCGAGGGAGAAGGAUUCCUGGAAUUCGUGACCGCAUUGAAGGAGAAGGCGGUACAGUGCAACUUCGGCACAGCCUACAACGAGCGCGUCCGAGACCAGAUAAUACAUGGCGUAGCGAACGUCAGCGUUCGCGAAAAGUUGCUGGCUCAUGGCGAAACCCUGUCCCUGGACAAGGCAGAAGAAAUUGGACGCUCGUUAGAAGCCUUGCAUCGAGCGAACCGCGCGUUCGGCUCCGAAAAUGUACGAAGAAUCGAGGCAUCUCAACUUGGCGUUCCGUCGACGGGCCAAGAUGGCAGACUUCUUCCAGGGAGCCGCCAAGAUGGUCGACGUAGUCCGGGAGGCCAUGAAGAUGGCCGACUUCUUCCGAGAAGCCGCCGAGACGGCCGACUUCUUCCGAGAAGCCGCCGAGACGGCCGACUUCUUCCGAGAAGCCGCCGAGACGGCCGACUUCUUCCGAGAAGCCGCCGAGACGGCCGACUUCUUCCGAGAAGCCGCCGAGACGGCCGACUUCUUCCGAGAAGCCGCCGAGACGGCCGACUUCUUCCGAGAAGCCGCCGAGACGACCGACUUCUUCCGAGAAGCCGCCGAGACGACCGACUUCUUCCGAGAAGCCGCCGAGACGACCGACUUCUUCCGAGAAGCCGCCGAGACGACCGACUUCUUCCGAGAAGCCGCCGAGACCGCGGCCUUCUUCCGAGAAGCCGCCGAGACCGCGGCCUUCUUCCGAGAGGCCGCCGAGACGACGGACAUUUCGCACAUGGCUUCUCCGGGAACCGUGGUGCAUGCGACCGGUGUGGCAGCACGAAGCAUAUUGCAACGUACAGGAAUUGUCCAGCAAGAAACCGGCGGUGCAACGCCUGCCACACGUUGGGCCAUUUUGCAUCAGUAUGCCGAAAAACCCGUACUGUUCAACACGUCUCCUCCGCAGAGACGCUGUCUUCAACUUCCGCAGGGCAGCCGUCCGCGUCUGUCUUGACGGUAAGCGCUUUUGAAACUAAAAAAGAUUUGGAAGUUCCAGUCGUAGUGAACGGCGUCUCCAUGCGACUGCCGGUGGAUACGGGAGCGUCUGUCUCAAUGAUGACGGUCGAAGAUUUUGGAAAGCACUUUGGUCGACAGCACAGACUGUCACAAACAGAGGACUUGAAAAAUUUCUACAAGCAACGCAUCGACAUUCAAGGCCUGUUUCAAGCCACUGUCCAGUUUUUCCAAAGAUCAUGCUCCGUCACGUUCCACGUAACGACUACAGGAACAUCACUGCUGGGUUUAGACGCCAUCCAACGCUUGGGCAUACAGAUCGACGGUACGUCGCUGACAUGUCGUCUACCAUCGCUUCCUUCAGUACAGAGCCCCACAAGUGUGCCUCCGGGUUUUGAUCACCUUUCUAGUGACGAGUUGGGUCUCGUCAACAACUUUGUGCACCGAAUUCAUCGGCAGCAAGAUGCGAAACCAGUAUCUUCAAAGUUGCGCCGACUACCCCUGGCCCUCCGUGACCAGGUGACACAUGAAUUGCGACGUCUCGAGGACUGCGACGUCAUCGAGCGCGUCGAGGCUACUGAGUGGGUGUCUCCACUCGUGGUGGUGCGCAAGAAGGAUGGAACCAUGCGGCUCUGUGUAGAUCUACGAGAACAGGACAGUCUUGUGUCUCAAGUGCAAGAAAGGGUCUUGCAGAAACAGUGGCAGACUAAACAGUACGUAGACAAAUGUAGAGGUGCUCGGGCAACUCGUAUCAAGGUGGGAGACACCGUCAGAAUAAGAUUUAACAGAAAAGGAUUUUUUAAGUACAGUAAACCUCGUAAAGUCAAGGCCCAGAUAGGACCAUCUACUUUUCUACUCAGUGAUGGGAAGACGUGGCAUGUGUCUAAGUUAACCGUAGUGAGGAAGGAUCCAGCAGGUAGUACAAUGUGUACAAGUGAUAGAAACUUUUUGUACUCUUAUUCAAACUUGGAUAGUCAUUCCGAUGACUUGUCUGUAGUGACAUCGUCCUUUCAUAGGCAUCAGUUAAGUAGUUCGUCUGACUGUAUCACUUCAGAGUCUGCACAGUCACCAGUCUGUGAUUCCGUGGGGGAAUCGGUAGCCUCCCAGGACUUGCUGGAACUUCGAGAGGAGCCUCCUGGGCAACCCUCUCCAGCUUUGAGCGAUAACCACAUUCAAUUGUCCAACCAGGGGGAGGGAAAUAGUAGUGGGACGACUGGGUCUUUGAAGUCGACCGAUACGCGUCGCAACCCCCAAAGUUCUUCUGAGGUACGCACGCGUCCUCAUCGUGACAGAAAACGGCCUCCGUGGCUCGAUGAUUUUGUUUAUGUAGUGUAGAGUGUAUUUCCGUCUUCGAAAUGCCACGGCUAAGGGCCUCGUUGUGACAUUUAGCAGACAGUCCACAUGUUUCAUUAACACAGGUAUAAAAUGUGCUCCUUGUUGCGGUGCAGUGAGUUUUGUGCGUGUUCUUUGUCAGACUUAGUGACUGCCUGUGUUUUGGUGCCCAAGACUGGUGCACGUGUAUGUGAACUUGGGCAGCGAUGGAUUGAAUUUGUUGUGGACUUAAGUGCAUGCCUUGUGUGCAUCUGGUGCACGCGUGUGUGACCGUGGGGCGGAACGAACUGAAAUUGCCUUUGGACUUAAGUGCGCGUCAUGUGUGCGCGUUUCACCGUAUGCUUACUUUGUUUCCAGGGGGGGAUGAUUUAGUAUAGCAUCGCCCUGUCAGAUCUCUGUGUCAUCGCACAUGUAUGUUUUGUAAUUGCUUAGCUAGAUGGCGCACCCCCCUUCUGUCAUGUGACAAGCUUGGACCAAUCGGGAGGUGCCAUCUAGCAGGUGAAGCCUUUAUAAGUAAUAAACAGCCGCAGGUCGGCGGAGUCUUCGUUCCGGUUUUCA